AUGGGCGACUCACUGGCAGCGUCUGCGCCCCAGUGGGAAAUCUCUAUAGAGAGCUUGACCUACUCGCACGCCGCUGGUGCUCUGCCAUCGUUGUCUAAUGUCACUAUCCAACUGCCGAAGGGCUCGCGUACCUUGCUCGUCGGUGCAAACGGAGCCGGGAAGUCAACUCUGCUGCAGAUUUUGGCCGGCAAGCGUUUGGUGUCCGGCACAGAAAUCCGCGUCCAAGGAAAGGACGUAUUCCGCAGCACUCCGGCAGGCAUCACUUUUCUCGGGACCGAGUGGGCGAUGAACCCUGUUGUACGCGGGGACAUCGUGGUCUCAGACUUUUUGAACUCCGUGGGCGGUUACCGGCACAAGGAGCGACGCGACCGUCUGCUCGAUCUACUGGACGUCGACUUGGACUGGCACAUGCACCAGAUCUCGGAUGGCGAGCGCCGUCGCGUGCAGCUCUGUAUGGGUCUCAUGGGCAACUGGGACGUCCUUCUUCUCGAUGAGGUCACGGUAGAUCUUGAUGUCCUUGUCCGCGACGACCUCUUGACGUUCCUGAAAGAGGACUCGGAAGCCCGCGGCGCGACUGUUCUGUACGCUACACACAUCUUUGACGGGUUGAACAAGUUCCCUACGCACGUCGCCCACAUGCAUCUCGGGACGUUUUUGACGGAGCCCACGCCGUGGCCCUUCGUCGACGGCACGUUGGCCACCAUGUCGGUGGAACUUGGGCCAAGUCCGACGCUGUAUGCGGUGGCAUUGCAGUGGCUUAAGGAGGAUCGAGAGCGGCGUCGGGCGCUGGAAGCCCAAGGGCGCAAGCGUCGAGGCGCACGUACGGACGCGGUGCCGAGCGACUCGGAGACGUUUUACAAGAAAUACGACUACAGCCACUAG